AUGCGCUUCAUUCGCAAAGUUAAACCAGCCUGUUUGGAGUGUGAAAAAGAAUGCAAUGAGUUGAUUGAUGACAUAGCAUUAAAAACAACUUUCAAAUCACUUUUUCAAUUAACUUACCAUGUGCUUGCGAUUGCAUUUGUUGGAGCGAAUUUAAAAGCGGCGAAUGAGGCGGCCCGACAACAUCAAGCAGCUUAUCAUCAUCAUCUAUAUGGUGAUUAUUAUGGUGUUGAUUCAAAAGAUGAUUAUGGUGAUGUUGACGUGUAUCAAGUCCCAACGGGCCUCGUGAUGAGCUGUAUGUUUGACUGGGUGUCAACUUGUCACCAUCCGAUGAACGUUGCGAUGACAUCAAUGAGUUUCGACUUGAAUUGUGAAACGAAGGACUUGUUAAAAUUAGAUAUUUGUCUUUGA